AGUAUUUUCCUUCUGAGUCGUGAACGAGACUUUCUGUCAAGCGCGGAGUUGGUGAAAUGAGACGAGAAUCGUUUUAGUUACACCCCAGGAAGGAGUUGUUGUUGGUGGGGAGGCGGCUUGUGGAAUUAGAGAGGCAGGUUACAGAGCACCCCAACCCUCUUCUCGGCGGUUAAGAGAAGAUGCAGGCACACUAUUUUGCUGUUGUUAUUGUCGUCUGAGGCCGGCACCUUUUCCCUGGUGAGCGAAUGCGUCAAAAGGCGCUGCUGAAGCUCGGCGUCGUGCGCGUGACUCGUCGGCGGCCGUUGCCGGUCUCCGCGGGUGGGGGCGGGGGAAAUAUCAGGCUGUCCGCAGGCGGAGCGGCCCUGCCCUUUUUCUUCGUGUUAGUGUAGGGAUGGAUUAACGGUUUGCUCCAUUCUAGCCCUCGCCUUCGAAAAGGUACUCCCUUCCUCUUGGCCUGGUGGAGCGAGCAGCGGUCACCCCGACACCAUGAGCCGCCUUCCUACAGCAUUGAGGCGGGUAGCAGCUCCUCUAGCAACCGCCGGCUAGACGGGCCUCGACGACUAUAAAUAUUAAUCGCCUAUUUGUGCGUAUUUGGAAGGACGACGAAAGUUUUAUCUUUAUUUCUAAACGUUAAAAAGAGAUCGCUAUAUCUGACAUGUAAAGCAUCUUGCGCAGGCAGACUGGGGGGGGGGAAAAACAAUAUUUUUAUUCUUUUCCCCGCCCUUAAAACGGCUCUCCUCCGCCUCCUUUGGACGACGGAAAGUUCGAAAGUGAAUGACGAACAGCAAAUCGCCGACUGUUAAACGUAAACGUCGGUUCCAGUUGGUUUGUUUUCAGUGAUGCCGGUAUCUCUGGUGCAGACAUGCCGCAGUCUGGCUCUCUCAACAUGGCUGCUGUCUUUCUGCUUCGUACAUUUGCUGUGUUUGGAUUUCACGGUGGCAGAGAAGGAAGAAUGGUACACAGCCUUCGUCAACAUUUCCUACGUGGAACCGAUUACCUCCGAGAGGAGGUCGGAGAAGAGCGAGUGUGGCCGCUACGGGCAGCACUCGCUCAAGCAGGACGCCCGGGGCUUGGUAGUACUGCCCGCUCAGCACGACAAACUGGCCUGUGACCCCCAGGCGAGGUUUCAGCUGUCCCCCGACUCUAGCACCAAGGGCUGGAUCGCACUCAUACCCAAGGGAAACUGCACUUUCAAGGACAAGAUCUUGCAUGCUGCCAGGCAGAAUGCAUCGGCCGUUGUCAUUUACAACGUGGGAGCCAAUGUCAAUGAGACCAUCACCAUGCCACAUUCAGGUGCAGGAGACGUUGUAGCCAUAAUGAUUCCUGAGCUGAAAGGUCGUGAGAUAAUGAGCCUAAUUGAAAGAAACAUCACCAUAAUGAUGUACAUAACAAUUGGAACACGUAAUUUACAAAAAUAUGUCAGUCGUACCUCAGUUGUAUUUGUCUCAAUCUCGUUCAUUGUGUUAAUGAUCAUUUCGCUGGCUUGGUUAGUUUUCUACUAUAUCCAGAGGUUCAGAUAUGCAAAUGCUCGUGACCGGAAUCAGCGCCGUCUUGGAGAUGCUGCUAAGAAAGCAAUUGGUAAACUUCAAAUCAGAACAAUCAAGAAAGGUGAUAAGGAAACUGAAUCAGACUUCGAUAAUUGUGCUGUUUGUAUUGAAGGCUAUAAGCCAAAUGAUGUAGUGAGAAUUUUACCAUGUCGGCACCUUUUCCAUAGGACUUGUGUGGAUCCAUGGCUACUAGAUCAUCGUACUUGUCCAAUGUGUAAAAUGAAUAUUCUGAAAGCACUAGGAAUUCCGCCAAAUGCAGAUUGUGCAGAUGAUGUAACAACUGAUUUUGAUGGAUCCAUAGGAGGGCCACCCACUAAUCAGAUUACAGGUGCCAGUGAUGUGACAGUGAAUGAAAGUUCUGUUGGCCUUGAUCCUCCUGUUCGAGCCAUCGGCCUUUCACAGCUUAUUCAUGACAAUGACAUUCUUCAACAAGUUGAAGAGGUUAACAUUACUGCUAGCAACAAUGAUGAAGGACCAGUUGUGAGCAGCGAUUCAGAAACGUCACUGAUUCUGGCCGUUGAAGUUGGAUUUUCUGACAUAGAGCUUUCCACUGACCAGGACUGUGAGGAGGUGAAAUCCUGAGAAGGGUUUAUUCUGUUUCUGGAUGUGGAUCAGGCAAGCACACAAAAUGACUGAAACGUUAUCCGACGUAUUCAGAACUGCGAAGAUUGUGAGAGCAAUAGUGACAAUCGUUUACUCUUCCCUAGACACAGAUUCUUUAGCAUUUAAUGUCUUGCUUUCUUCAUGAGGAUGCUGCAAGCUUCACUCUUGCUCUCAUUCUGAUAUUUAAAAAUGCUGUUAACAACAUUCAGUGACUGAAGUGAAGAAAAUAACAAUUUUUGUGUUUACUUUUUUUAAUUUCAAUGAUGGUCAACAUUUUUUUAAAUGUUUUUGCGACUGACUCCAGCUUUUCCAGAGAUUGAUCUUAAAUUUUUUUUUAUUAAAAGGAUUAAUCCUGGAAUCACUGCCUCAACACUAAAAACAUUCAGUUGGUGCUUUUAAGUUGUAAACUGAAUUUUAAACUUGGCUCCGAGUCUUGCACAUCUGUGAAUCACUAGCUUUUUUUUGUGGUCAGCUUUAAGUAAGAUUUAUUUUGUUCAAUAAAAAUUUCAGAGCAGCAACUUACAGGUGCUGAAAAUACUUCUAGAAAUUCAUCUGCCACCUCUUGCCAAUAGAAGAGCAUGUAAUGGUAUUGUGCAGGCAUAUUGUGUAUGUAUACAAUGUGCUGUGAUAGUAACUUAGACAGAGUGAAUGUUGCAGCGACAACCUGCUUGCACUCUUAAGAAUUCAUGGUAGAUUGGAUUGUUUGAAUGUUUGUGUGUAUGAUUCACAUGUGACAUUCCUCUAAGUGGCUAUUAACACGCACGCACGCACGCACACACACACACACACACCCCGCUGAGCAAGUGGCCAAAUAGGUUCAACCACAAGCUUUAAUGGCCUUUGAGUGAUUGGGACAACAUAUAAUUCUAGUCUUUACAGAAUUACGUUACAUCAACCGACCUCAGCCAAAACACGAUAUAAUGGACUUUUCUAAUAUUUUAUGGAAUUUGAAUUUCAGUUGUGUGUAUCAUCUUUCAGCAAUAGCUUAUUGUACAGUCAAAAACAUGGAAAUGUAUUAGAAUUGCAGAACUGUUAUACGGAGUCUGAAUAAAUGACUUAAGUCAUGAGAUUCUGCUGCGACAUUUUUGUAGAUAGAUCUUUACAUCUUUCAAAAACAACCUUUCAUGUAAUAAAUAAAGCUGAAAAGAAUGAAAGGUUCCCUAGGGAGGAAAUAUCACAAAGCAGCACAGUUUGUAUGUUUUUGAAAUUACUGUACUGUUUCUGUUGUUUAGGUAGAUUGUUAACUGUUUAGACAUUAACAUUUGCAAAUAGGCGAUCUUUGAUAAUUUUAAUGAUGAACAAAUUAAAAGCCCUACUGUGCCCUUAGGACCACAAAUGAAUAGUAAUGGUCUGAUAUAUCACCCUGAUAUAUUAUUUUGGUUUUGAAACAACACAGCCAUAGGCAGUGUAGAUGGUUCAUUGAUCUAAAUAUAUUAGCGUUUUUGAGGUUACAGUUUGGCAGUUUUAAUGUUGAAAGGAAAUAUGUUUGUGUAUAUAAGUCUGGGAUUAGACUGGGUAGGAAAUAGAGCCCAGUAGACAUUUUAGCACCAUUCUGUCUGUUGCUUGAAUUUGAUGAUAGUUGUUAAACUUGCAAAGUUGGAAAAUGAAUUAUAGAAAGGCAUUUGACUGAAAAUCUCAUGAUGACGAAAUUGUCUUGAUGUUAGCUUUUUAAAAGAUGUACUUCUUCUGACUGAAACAGAAGAUUAGAAUUAUUAAAUGUUGCUGAUCAAGAAAAGUAUGCAUGAGUGCCAUUGAGAAAUCUUAGACCAAAGUGGAAAGGGAUAGGAUGUAGAGUUGUGGUUCAUCAAUGCAAGAUGGAAAGUCAUCUAAACCAUUUCCUCAAGUCACAUGCUUUGCUGUACAAGAGGGUUUAUUGGAAACUGCACCCGUUAACUUUUCUCCUGACAGCAGCAAAUCCAGGAAAGGUUUGAAUUGUUGUUUGGGUGUUUCUCGUUGCUAUAAGAAAGGUCAGCUGCUCUCCUCCAGUUGCUAGCGCCUCAAAGAGAAAGAUUCAUCAAAGUUUGUGUGAUUACAUUUUACGUUUUAGUAAAAUCUGGUAUACAAAAUUCUUGUAUCAUUUUCCAGCAGUGCCGUUUUAUUGUGCAUUUUGCAAAGACCUGCCAUGAUUGGGAUAAGCUGAUGAUUAGAGGCAUUGGGACUCCUGUUGCUUCUCAUUUACAUAACUUAGCAGUGAAACCAUCUGUAAGAUUGUCACAUUUAUCGAUGAGACAAAAUUGCAAAAAUCUCUAAGAUGUGAAGAUGCAACAAAGACUUUGAAAGUGAUAGAAUGAUUUGCAGAUUAUGCUAGAUUUCUUGUGUCAUUGAUUGUGAGAAAAUAUCUAGAUUGUGAGAAGAUAACAAUGGAUUAGUCAGGAGUGCAGAAAUAUGUUACAUUUUAAACUGGAGAAUGUGCAGUAAUGCAUUUGGGGAAUGCAAAUAAGCAGGGAAAUAAAAAAUGAACAGCAGCCUUCUCAAGUGCCGAGGAGCAGAGAGAUUUUGAAGUAUAUGUCUAUUUCGAGGAAGGAGACAAGGCAAACAGAUAGGAAGGUCAGGAACGCAUGUGAAAUAACUUGCUUUAUUGGCCAAGUGUACAGUAUAAGAGCAGAGAGCUUUUGCAAGGACAGUUUUAAGUACUAGCCAGACUAAAGCUAAAGCACUGCUUUUAGAUCUGCUUGCUGCAUUACAUAAAGGUUAUGAGGACAUUUGAGGGGAUAUAGUGAAGAUGUAUGAGAAUAUUACCAUGAAUUCUGUGGAAAGACAGAAUUGGCAAGAAUUGUUUUUUAUUGUAUUGUAAGUUCAAGGGGCGAUUUAAUUGCUCUGGGUAGAUCAAAUAGGAAGGACCUAUCUUAUUUAACAAAAGAUAAUUACCAAUGGGCACUCAGAGAAUGAUGGAACUCACUACCUGAAAGGGUGAUAAAGGCAGACAUCUUUCACCAUACUUAAAAACACACUUGGUUUUGCACUAAACGUGCUGUGAGCUACAGGGCUGUGAACCAAGAGCUGGAAGGUGGAUUAAAUUGAAUAUGUCUGUCGUUUUCAGCCAGCAUGGGCAUGGUGCGAUUACAAAAUUGUAUGAUUUUGUGCUCAUAUCUGUAAACUGAUUCCUGACUUAACAGCUGCACAUUUCUUGACUUUAAGAAAAUGAUGGCCACCAGAAUAGUAAAGCUAUAUUUUUUUUUGAAGUGGCAUCACUUCGGAUAAUACUGUGGCACAAAAAAACACUGAAAAAUUAAAGCUAACAUAGAGCCAUGAAGAAAGUAUUAAAGAGGGUAGAUUCUUGAGCACUGUUUAUAGUUUUACUUUACCUUCAACAAGUGUUGACCAAAGUGUCAUACUUAAAACAGUAUUACUAACUUGCCCAAGUCCUGAACUUCAAACAGAUGCCAAUCCAUGUUGCCUCUUCAAGCCUCCAUUAAAUAUGGUUCCAUCCACAGCACUGCAUUGCUGUACCUACAUCAUCAUUGGAUGAAGUAAACCAAAUCUUCUCAACAGGACUGCAUCUUAAAACAUUGUUUGUUUUUAAAGGUUUCUGCAAGGAUUGCCUUUAUUUUCAUUUCAACAGUCAAUAAGAGUCUUUCCUGUUAUAUGACUAUCUUGGCUAAAUUUGUUGGGCACCAUUGAUCACUCCUAAGUGGCAUCAAUACCAGUGAAUCCCACGGUGGCAUUAGUUUUGCCUCACAUUCGAGCCAUGUCUUUUGCUGAUUCAAAGAUUACAUUCUUACUAAAAGGUGGGGGUGUUGGCCUAGCAAUAUUAUUACUAGCAACCCAGGUUUAAAUCCUGCCAUGGCAGAAGGUAGAAUUUGAAUUCAAUAAAAAUCUUGACAUCAGGGUCAAGUGAUGACUCUGGAACCAUUGUCUAUUGUUAGAAAAAGCUAUCUGGCUCACUAAUGUCUUUAGAGAGGAUAAGUACAACCCUUACCUUUUCUGAUGAAGGGUCUAGGCCUGAAACGUAAGCUUUUGUCCUCCUAAGAUGCUGCUUGGCCUGCUGUGUUCAUCCAGCUCUACGCUUUGUUAUCUCGGAUUCUCCAGCAUCUGCAGUUCCCAUGGCUUAUAGGUAACUCCAGACCCAUGGCAAUGUGUUGACUCUUAGCUGCGAAUAAGCAUGGGCAAUAAUUAUUUGCCUAGUCACGUACACAUCCCAUGAACAAAUUAAACUUUAAGUGUGUGUCCCUAAGAAGCCCAUGCUCCAUAUGGCUUUCUCAGUUUAGAUUAGAACCCGAUAAACUUUAGUAUUAAUUUAUUUUGAUGAGAGGAAUAAGAAGAGACUGUGUAUAAAGGGUACAAUUCCAAAGCGGAAGUUUGAGUAAAGCAGCCUCGGCGUAUGUAUGCACAAAUCAUUGACAGUGGUAAGGCAAGUUGUUAAAGCUGUUAAUAAUGAACAGAAUGUCUGCCUUUACAAUUAGGGACAUAACUUCUUUUUUAACAUCAUGAUAAAUGUAUAAAAAACUGAUUGUCCUCAACUACUUUUUUGUACCCAUUUUGAGCCCUGCACUUUAGGAUGAUGUGAAAGACUUCAGAGAGGGUGAAGAAGAGAUGCAUGGAAAUGAUACCAGGUGAGGAAUUUGAAUUAUAUAGAUAGAUAGAUUGGAGAAGUUGGGAUCGUUGUCUUUGAAGUGAAGAUUAAGAGGAGAUUUGGUAAGGUGCUCAAAUAAUGAGGGCUGGUGUUAGAAGAGGAGAAACUAUUCCCAUUAGUGGAAGACUCAAGAAUCUGAGGUCAAAGUGGUAACAUAAAAAUCCUCUUUUAUGCAUUGAGUGGUUAGGAUCUGCAAUGAGCAGCAUAAUGGCAGAUUUGUUUGUGGCUUAUGAAAAUAAUUGAUAAUUAUACAAAGAGAAAUAAAUGCAGUGCUAUGGGAACGAGACUAGGUCAGUUCCUCUUUCCGUGCGUUGUAACCAUUUUGAUUAUCUCCUAUCAGUAAUGUGGGAUUUCAGUCCAAGAAUAAGGGAAAUCUGUUCGGAGAAUAUGUAUUCCAAAAAACAAUGGGGUCUGUACUUUUUUACAGUCCGUAUUCUCUAAUGAAAAUCAAUCUGUGCCCAAUACUCAAUUGUGAACUCGAUUAUCUUUUUUUUUCUCUCUUGUUUAAUUAGGAAUAAUAAAGACAAAUUAAAUGUUUUUGGGUUUUGAACACUUCAUAUUUGGCUCCAUUAAUUCUGAAUUUUUCCAUCUUGAUGACAAAUUUAAAUGUUUUAAAACUCCAAAAAGUCAUGUUCUCUUUCAAAAGAUGACACUAUCUGUUUAAUAUCAAAUUGGAAUCACUAGUUGAUACUAGGUAAGCGCUGGCUGCAGUGGAGUUAUAUUUGGUCCUGUGUCUUGCAUUUAGCUUUUCAGCAGCACCAGCUGCUGUAUUUUCAAAUUGAUCAUAUCAAAUUUAAGUUGUUGGACAUGUUUCUGAAACUUUGCAUCAAGUUUUCUUUUGAAGUUGUUCAGUCAAAUUAGAUACUACACUUUUUUUAGACAAGCUAGUUUUGGAAAAUGUACAAUAUUACACUUUGAAACCAUUAGCUACAUUUUAGAAUAUUGUACCUGUCUUUUAUCAGAAAAGUUUUUUGUUUUCUGUUAACAGAUAAAAUCUACUUCAAAAUCUUCAACUCCAGUGGCCAAAGGCAUAUUAUCUUAUUAAUUAUUGGAUAAUCAUACUCAACUUUUGAAUUUUCUUAUAUAAUUCUAUCUAAUAGUAUGAUGGGUCAGCAUUCCAGUCUUCAGUACUAUUCAGAAGUUAGAUAAACAUUUGCAAUUUUAAUUCCUUGAUUCAAAGUAGCUUUGUUCGGAGCCUGGGGUUACUUUGGACUAAAUAGAGAUGGAUCUGCUGGAAGACCAUUUUUAUGCUGAUGGUUAGAAAGGAAGAGGAGGUAUGACAGAUUUUUUUUAAAAAUGCAUUUUCUUGUGACUGUACUUCAGAUAUGCCCCAAACAAUUUGUCUGAUGUUGAAAAAGUGCAUAAGGCUCAUGGUUCACUUCAAAUUACAGUUUGCAUUUUGAUCUAUACUACCCACAUUGUAAAAUGUUCAAAUCAUUUAAUUUAGGAGAGAAUGAACACAAUGUACACUUGUAUCUGGAACAAUUCUGGAAUGUGUUACUUAUAAACAGUGCAGCUAUUUUAUGUACUCAUUUGAAUUGCCUUUUCAUUUACAAUUAUUUCUGCUACAGUUGAACAUAAGGCACCUUUAAAUUCUUGAGUCAAGAUGAGCAUUUCUGUGAUCGUAUGACACAUGAUUUUAUAAAUUAUAAAUUGUUAGCAGUACUAUACUUUGAAGCUGUUUAUUGCCAUGCCAUUUACAUAGAAAAUCUAUUUCAAUCCAUUCUUGACAAACCUUUUAAAAAUAGAUUUUCAGGCAGUCCUGGGUUUGCAAACGGAUUCCGUUCUUGAGUACAUUUGUAAGCCAAUUUGUACACAAGUUCGAAAACGAUACAGGACAAUGUAAAAAGUUGUUCAUAAAUAUGAAAAUUUUAAGUACAUUGUACGUGACGUGGUUUUUUCCCAAAAUUAUUUUUACACUUUUUAAAUGCAAUUUGUUUUCUCUAGCAAGCUGUGGGAAUGAGAUCUGCAUUCACCAAAGAAAUCAAUAGUUUUGGUUUCAUAACAUUACAGAACAUGUAAAUAGAUUUUCGUAUUGAUUCAUUUUAAAUUUUUUUAAAAAGUUUGACCUCUUAUUAAUUGUUUCAAAAGCAUUCCAACCAAUAUUUUCAUCUUGCUGAAGAAAAAUGCCAAGAAUUUUUUUUUUAAAUUGCCAGCAGAAAACACUUAGCUGCCCUGUUUCUUGUAUUGAUGGAGUACAUUUCCAUUAGAAUUCACUUAGAUUCAUUAUUUGUGCAUGGAGUUACUGAAACAGCAUGCUGACUAACAUUUCAGUAAAUUAUAAUCCUUGCAUAAAAUUUUACAAACCAAAAAAAAAUUUCACUUAACCAGUCUGCAGAUCGAGUCUUGACUACUAAGUUAUGUCACCGACCUCUUAGAAUCCCUGCUGUGUGGAAGCAGGCCUUUCAGCCCAUCGGGUCCACACCAACCCUCCAAAAGAGUAUCCUGCCCAAACCGACCCCCAUAUCCUAUCCCUGUAACCCUGCAUUUCCUGUGGCUAUACCACCCAGCCUGUAUACCCUGGAGAUUAUGGGCAAUUGAGCUUGGCCAACCCACCCAACCUUAACAUCUUUGAACUGUGGAAGGAGAUCAGGGUACAUCCCCACCUGAAACCCACGCAGAUACUGGCAUAGCAUGGAUAGUCACCUGAGGCUGGCAUCAAACCUGGCUCCCUGGUUCUGUGAGCCACUGUGCCACCCACUUAAGCAAAAAGUUAAAAGAGCUCCUUGAAGUGAAACAGUAGUUGUGGUAUUCCUGUAAACACAUUAUACACAGUUCAGCUGUUUCCUUGUUUCCCUACUGAAAUUUGUAUUUCACAUGUUUACAAAAUCAUGACCAAUAGCUAUGCCACUGGCGAACUGGAAGUUUCACUUAUUAGUAAAUGUAACAGAGCUUUAAAAACUCUACCUGUCUUCAAAUACAUAUGACUUUUUGUUUUAUUCAUUCAUGGGAUGUGAGCAUUACUGGCUAGUGUAGCAUUUAUUGCCCGCCUCUAAGAUUCAGCCACAUUGCAACCUUUAGAACAGCACCUGUUUUCUCCAAAAAGUUCAUUUAAGCUUGGUUGCUUUUUUUUGUCUGAUUUCAAUGUAGUAAAAGCUUGUGGCGUGGCGGUAUAUUUGAGUAAAUCAAACCAAUCCACUAUUCCUGUUAGUUUUGUUCAUUACCAGACAUACUGGUCUUGAUCAAAUGUCAGUGCCCUGUUCUAUGUUGGUUGGAUGUUACUUAAUUUGAUAUCAUCCAACAUACAAAUAUUUCAGUAGAAUUUCUCAACAAUGUGAUAGACAAACUUAUAAUGUUGAUUAAGUACUAAAGCAGUGCUGUUUGGGUGUGAAGUCCCUAAUGUCUGAGUGUGUAUAAUGUUUAUACGGAUGCAGGUGACAACUUGAAUUUUGAAGUUCUUCUUUGAAUACUACUGACUAGUGAUGUAAAACCAUUUUUAAAUUGGCAUUUCAUACUCUUGCUGCUAAAACUACAGUUAAUAAUGCAAGCCUUUUUUUUAAACCAGCUGGAAGGGAGAUGCAGGAACCAGAAAUCAUCGAUGCAACCAUCGAAUGAGGGUGACCCAAUUCUCUUUGGUUAUAGUAAUUUAGCUGUUUCAUUAAGAUUUAUAAAUCUUCCAAUAUAGUGGUUUUCCAUGGGCCUUUUACAAAUGUGCAUUUUAUGUAAGGAAAAGUAUUUUUUUUUUAUUUUGCUCCCACCAACCCGCUUUGUGCGUUGUCUGCAAAAUACUGGUGUACCAUUUGUAGAAGAACAGGAAAGAGGUAGAAUUAAUUUGGCUCCCAAAGGCCUUAUUUUCACAAAAAUAAGCCUUUUUGCCAUGGUGCAAAUGUGAAAUCUAGAGGUUGUGUGGUGUUUCUAUCUACAGAGGCCUACUAAAAAGAAAGCUUUCACUAUUCUAAUGUAACAAUUUCUGGUAGCAAACAAGUGAAAUUAGGUCACCAUUCAGUACAACAUUCAAUACCAGAUUGUUGCUAUAAAUGGAAUGUUAACAACACAAGUGAGAGGAGAUUGGUCUAGAUUGCUAUAUUUGAGAGCACAUAUGCCAAACCAUUGCUGUCCGGACUUUUCAGUGCUGUUUUGCACUGUGUAUAUGGUUUAUUUUGAUUCACUCCCUUUUUAAAUAUCAUUUUAAUAUCUUUUAUUUAAGAUGACUUGCCAUCCAAGUGUCGUAGAACAUGGGUUUCUGUUUAUUUGGUCAAUGGUUUUGCGCUAGAGAAAGAUACAUUGCCUUAAGUUUAAUAGAUUAGUAAUGGAUUUAUUUGUUUUUGAUGCAGCUCACUAUUAUUAGGUAUGCUGCUUUUGUCCUCCAAAACAUCAAUCCAGUUGAAAUAUUUGUUUUGCUUUCUCAGUGCUAUUUCUUCCAGUUGUUUUCAUUUCUAGUAAGUACUUUUUUCGGUGAGUGUUAAGCCAAAUGGCAAAUGAAUUGCAUGGUGAUAACAGUAGAAUUUCUUUUUAUUUGGCAUAUUGUUAUAUGCUGAAACUUGCAGGAUAAUAGGCUAAAAUAUUUUACAGUUGUAUGAGCAGUUAUAAUACGUUUUCCUAUAAAAUUUUCUUUGUUUGGUGUUGGAACUAUUUUCUGUUUGAAGUGAAUCAUUGAAGUAUAAUGUUUCUUCCCCUAUAACGCACUUUAUAUUUUUUUUAAGAAAAGCUGGCAUCCAAGAAUGUUACUGGGGAAAGGGGAUUUGCCUGAUACAAUCUAUGACGAAGCAUAUUUCUUUUUUGGUUUGCCGUACUUAAAAUUACUUAAUCAUACACUUGAUGUUUGUACAAAAGUGGAGGAAUUAAAUUCACAUGUGGGAGCAUUAUUCAGUAGCCUAUUACUACUAUUUUGUUACAUAGACAAAAUGUAAAUAUGUGCAGCUGUGUUGGUAUGUACUAGGUAAAAUGUUACAACAAUACAAAAUUUAAAAAAAUUAAGUCCCAAUAAAUUUUGAU